CUCCCGCGGGCGCGGCGGCUGCCGGGCGGUGUCGUGCGGCCCCCCGCGCCCGUGCGGGGACUAUGAAGCACCAUGGUGUGGUGUGACCGUGGCGUCCAGAUGCUGCUGACCACGGUGGGCGCCUUCGCAGCCUUCAGCCUCAUGGCCAUCGCCAUCGGCACCGACUACUGGCUCUACUCCAGCGCCCACAUCUGCAACGGCACCAACAUCACGACGGACGAGGCGCAGGGGCCGCCGCGGCGGGCGCGGGGCGAUCUCACGCACUCGGGGCUCUGGAGGAUCUGCUGCCUCGAAGGAAUCUACAAAGGACAUUGUUUCCGGAUCAACCACUUCCCUGAGGACAAUGACUACGACCACGACAGCUCAGAGUACCUUCUCCGCAUCGUCCGUGCCUCCAGCGUGUUCCCCAUCCUAAGCACAAUUUUGCUGUUGCUGGGAGGACUCUGUGUCGGAGCAGGAAGGAUUUACAACAGCAAAAACAACAUUAUUCUCAGCGCUGGGAUUCUCUUUGUUGCAGCAGGUCUCAGUAAUAUCAUAGGGAUCAUUGUCUACAUAUCAAGCAAUGCAGGUGACCCAAGUGACAAGCGAGAUGAGGACAAAAAGAACCAUUACAACUAUGGCUGGUCUUUUUAUUUUGGAGCCUUGUCUUUUAUCGUGGCCGAAACCAUAGGUGUUCUGGCUGUGAACAUUUAUAUUGAGAAGAACAAAGAGCUGAGGUUUAAGACCAAGAGGGAAUUCCUUAAGACUUCUUCCAGUUCUCCUUAUGCCAGGAUGCCAAGCUAUAGGUACAGGAGGCGGAGGUCCAGAUCCAGCUCCCGCUCCACCGAGCCUUCUCCAUCCAGGGACAUUUCUCCAGUUGGCAUGAAGAUAGCAGGCACCAUCCCCAUGAACGAAAUCUCCAUGUACACCCUUUCCAGGGAGCCUUUGAAGGUUACCACGGCUGCCAGCUACAACGCAGACCAAGAAGCCAGUUUCCUGCAGGUCCACAACUUCCUCCAGAAGGAGUUUAAGGAAGGACUCCACGUCAACAUGGUCAACAGGAGAACGACGCCAGUGUGAAGCACCUUCCUUCCUCGUGCUUUUUGAAGAGAUGCCCAAACAGAAUGGAUCUAUCAGGAGUGAUGUUAAAAUACCCUCUCACCUCUUUAAUUGUGGCAUGUGUUGAGGUAGCAAGUGGAGAUCCUCUGGACCAACAUAAAGAUAUUUACACGCUCGUAGCUUUUUUUGAAGCUAUUUGGAGUUUGUUUAUUUCCGUUCUUGGUGUCACAAGAUGAAGGCAGUUCAUGUUCCUGCACUUUUGUAGUGUCUACACAGUCUUGGAGAAACUGCAAAGGACUGGCCACCAGUGUGUUUUAAAGGAUUACAGAAAAUUUGUCGUACUUUUUUUUUUUUCUAAUAUUGACAUCCCUUAAUACAAACUUGCAAAUAUAAUUUAUAACUAAGCCCAAGGAUAAAAAUGAGCUACUCAUCAAGUGAGCCACUUUCCUUCAACACGGUGUAAGCUUUGCCUCUUUCAAAAUUAAAAAAAAAGAAAAAAAGAAAAAAAAAGAAAAUAUUUUUGAAGGCAACACUUUCUAAAACUGACCUGUGCCACUGAAACCGCAGAGCACCCACGUACUGAGCAUUAGAUACUCUCUGAUGGGGGUGGGAAGGGGGUCUCCCAUUCCUGGUGUAAGGCAUCCCUUGGGGCAACACAGGCCGAGGAGCAGAGGGUGGGUGCGUCUUGAAACACCUGGAAAGGGAAACAGAUUAAAGCAGGUGGGACUUGAGCCUAUUUGCAAGCAUCAUUUCUUGCCUAACGUUUAGAAAACUUGAAUUCUCAUUUCGACGAGCCCUAGUGCCUGAUCCGGCAAGGUGCUGAGUGCUGGCUGUCAGGAGCCCCUGGAGAUUUGCCCGAGCGCGGCGGGAGCAGGGCAGAGCCGCCGCCGCCGAGUCCCCGAUUCCCUUACGCUUCACAAGUGCAACACUAACGCUACUGGAAACAGAGAUCCCUGAGCAGCCAGGAGGGAAUGGGAAACGGAGAUCUCUGAGCAACCAGGAGGGAAUGGGAAACGGAGAUCUCUGAGCAACCAGACGAGAACGCGCCCGGACUCGCGAACCUUCCUGCAGCAACGGGAGCCGAGUGUGUCAGCAGAGCAGAUGACAACUUUGUAUUUUUUAAAACAGAACAAAAAAAAAAAGAAAAAAAAGAAAAGAAAAAAAAAAGAAAAAAAUAAUCACCGUUUAUGAGAUAUUUAUUAAACUCUUUUUAUUAUGAAUUAAGUGCCGCAUGGUGCAAGGUAUAGUUGCUUUUAGAUGGAAAUGGUGGUUCGACCUAAUUUAAUUUAUUUUGUAAUGAUGCAUCUACUUACGUGCAGAGAGCCCACAGCAAACUCUAUGCAUCACGUAAGGAGGGAACUAAUUUGUACCCUUUGCUUCUGUCUGUUUCUAAAAGAGUCUGAAUAUUAUUUUCUUUUCUUAUAAAUUCCUGCUUUCAGUUUUUAUACUUAGGCUUGGAUCUCAAAGCUCGAUGGCCUGACUCAAAGGUAAUUUCAUUUAAUAGUACUCAUGCUGAUUUUAGUGACCACUCGACCAAGCCAUAUGAGAAUGAGGUGCCCGAUUCCCCUCAGAUGAAUUAGAUGCAGUGAGAGAGGAGCAUCUAAUUCCUAUAGAUUCCUUUGAAUAUCCCCAUCAUCUUUGCCCAGAAAAUCUUUGCUAGCAGAACACUCCACAAGAAAAAAAAUCUAUAAUUUGGAAAGUUUGGGUCACUGGUAGUGGGAGAUCUCAGCCAAACUGUUAAAACCUCUUUAGUCUUAAUUUAUCCUCUGAUGGCCCCGGGCCAGAGACUCAGUGGUGGUUUGGAUACGAGGCUUUCAGCUGGUGGAACCAAGUCCUCCAGGGAUAUCCCGGAGCAGCUGCCUUAACAUCCCAAAAAGGAAGUUGAACCCCCCUCCCCCCAGAGAAACCCACUCAAGCCUCUCUCCUUGCAAGAACCAAGACACAAUUCUCAAUUUUAAGCGAGAGUCUUCCCCUAGUCACUGUUAAGCUCUGCCUGGCCCUCAGCCUGGCACAGCCUCAUCGUUAUUUUGGCAGGGGUGGGUUGGAGCCUUCAUCCCUGCUCAUUAAGAGUUUCCAUUCAGGUUAAAACUCCGCUGGGAUCCUUUUUUCAAACCUCUGAACUCUGAGAGCUAAAGCGAAUGGAGCGAUGGGAAUGAUUUAAAACUAGAAAAUGUUGUGCUACUUUCUGUAUCAACACACUAUGGAGAAAGAUGUUACACAAGCUUUUUAAAAAAAAUUCAAACAGAGGCAGAAAAGAAAACUUUUUUACCUACUUUUCGGCUAGGACAACAUAAAAGGGUUCUAAAAUUAUUAAAGUUCUUGAUGAAAGGUUUUUUUUACAAGAAUCUUUAUGCUUUCAAACAAUAAAUUAUUUCCUACUUUUUGAGACUUCGUAAUAUUAAAAUACUUUGAUUAGCUAUGAUAGAAGUAGAAGUUUGCAAUGAAAAAAAAUCCAACCUUCUGUCUCAUUAGUGUGUCAUACUAAGUGCUAAUUAAUUUACAUCUAAUUAUAGUCAAUGUAUUUUUCAAGUGCAAUUUCCCAGAACUAUUUGUUUCCCACUGUGUUAAAAAACUAAUAGUUAGAACUAAGUCCUCAUCCGUGUUUCCUGUAAUUAAGAAUAAAACCAUUCCCUUUCAAACCAGGAGUUAGAUAUAGGCUGUUUCUCUAAUCUCAUGUACCUUGAACUGGAAGUGGACAGUGUCAGGUUUGCUCGCGCGUGGGUUUUGUUCUUUUAGUCGUUGUUCUCCAGUGAAUGUGCUUCAAACCACCCAUCUGAUUCCAGACAAAGUCCAAGGUUUUUCUUCAGCCCAGCUCAGCCCUGCAGAGGCACGUGCAGUACUUUUGGCAGAGAAAGUCUCGCUGAGCGUUUUGGGAUGUUGCUCUUUGCCUCCUCCCCCGGGCCAGGGCUGGGUCCAGCAGCUCUCCAGGAGUGAUGCCCUGAUUUGGUCCAAGCUGGAGCAUCUGCUCCUUCUCCAGCAGGCACCUUCAAGAAAUGGAGCUGGAGUGGGGAUCAUGAGAUGCUCAUGGGGUCUGGACAGGGAACAAAGUCAUGUGGACAUAACAGGGACCAGAGCUUUUGUCCUGUGACACAACAAGGACUGCGACUGAAAACUCAGCAGUUAAGUUGCAGUGCAGCAAAUUGUUCAACCAAAGCCAAAACCAAAAAAAUUCAUAUGAUAACUCCAGAAAACAAACAAACAACAACAACAAAAAACCCACCAAAAACCUCAAAAAACUCAAAUCCCUGGUCCUUUCCCAUGAAAAACUUUGUUUCUGACAAAACUGAAAAAUUUGUAGCAUUCCUGCCCAUGUGCAGUCUUGCUCCAUGGUUGAUCUAUCUGAACAGAGUCAGAUUGUGCUCAGCCUUUGAAACCACCCAGUGAUAGUUUAAAAAAAAUUAUCUGUUCUUCCACAUCUCUCUGGUUUCCCUGGACAGCAUCUAACAAAUGAGCCCCAUUUCCCAGCAAGGCCUGCAGAUACCAUAAAACCAUAUCAUUAGCAAUUAUCAGUCUUUUGGUAUAUAACACACUGUAGAAACAGAACUAAAAAAAAAAAUGCUAUUGGAUCAGAUUUGAUUUUCCAAGAAAUAAAAUUUCAGGUAUACCAUGAGCUCUCUCUUCCUUGUUUCUCAUACACAAUAGGAGUAAAAGGAGAAAUCACUUCAGCUGCCCAGACAUCUAACAAUAAACUAUUUUUUCUGUUUCUUUUUCUCUCUGUAUGGAUCACAUAUCCACAAGGGCUAAUAUAUCAUGUCCCUUGAGGCUACAUUUCUGUCUGCAGUUCUAAAGUGUUAUUUCCACUGUGCUUCAGUUCUACUGGUAUAAUCACAACCAUGUAUAAUGUACUUAAUCCUUACUUUUUAAAUAAACCAUUUUAAAUGUA